AUGCAUUCUACCAUAUCGACCCCUGAACAGAUGGAUGCUCUCAUAGCAGAACUUCAGCGAACUGCAUGGAAACCUCCCCAAACAGUUCCUGUCACUACUGAACGUCCAUCUGAAAGUGAUUCAGAAGAAUCAGCCCACACUUUACUCCCAUGGAAGCGAAAAAGAAGGGAUCCAAGGCCGAGAGUGCUUAUCAUAGACCCAGUUCAAAAGAAAUCCACACCGAUUGAGCCUGAUUCUAUGGCUCAAAACAUACAAAGCACAUUCACUGAGUCCUCUCCAGUGAUUCAAGAUAUACUAAGCCCGCUCCCUGAGCCCAUUCCUAUGGAUCAGGAUUUUAAAAGACAAUUUGUUGAAGAAGAAUUCAUACCUUCGGAAGGAGCUCUAGCUUCAGGAAGCUCAUUUGAAACCCCCGUGCUGGAUAUCUCCAAAAGCAAAAGCAAGUUGCCUGAAUCUGAAUUUGUUGAUGUCGCUCAGCUUCAGAAUAGGGUGUUUGUUCUGGAACAAGACUCUGCUGAAAAGGAUUUGAUAAUUGGAAAGCUGGAUAUCCGAAUCAGUGAGCUUGAGAAAGAGAACUUUGAUAAAGAUUCAAAGAUCUCAGAGCUUCAAGUGAGUCUUGGUGGUUUAACUACUCUAUUCUUUGAUCUGAAACAACGCCUAUUUCAAAAUUUUGGUGAUGAAUUUCAACCCUUGAGCGCUGAAGGAGAAAAGAUCACCACCUCUAGUUCAGGUCCCGCCAAUCCAUCUUCACAAUACUCAAGUGAAAAAGUUGCACGACCUGCUCCAGAUGCUAACCUUGAUACAUUCUUAUCUUCUACUUCUCUUUCUGCUCAAGAAAGAAGAGAGAAGCAAAUUAGGGCAUUCACGGAUGAAGUGUGA